AUGUCAACUCAAUCGCUUGAAAAGACACUCCCUACAGAGUGUAUUCACGAAAUAAUCUCUCAUUUGACUCACGACUCAAAAGCUCUUAACAACUGUAUACGUACUAACCGUUUAUUUGCGCGACUAUCUGCUCCACUUCUUUAUAAAAAUCCUUGGAAAUAUUUUUCUAUUGAAGAGGAAGAAGGUGAACUUGUCAAACGAGAAAUUAAUCCGAAAGGUGCUUUAUUAAUUGGAACAUACUUAAGUUGUUUGGAAAAUGAUUUGUCGGUAGAAUUCUCCUCUUUGAAAGAAAAUUAUAUAUUAAUCACAACCAAGACAUCACUUGAUUACAUUUCUUUUACACGCCAUAUUAGCGUUCCUACAAUGUAUCGAUUCCUUGAAACAUUGGUUGCAACAGCUACAACUUCAAAUGUUGAAAGAUCUCGUAUGAUUCAGGAAGCCUUUUCGGCUUUAUCAAAGGCAUUUAACGAUCGUUGUACUUCUAUUGAUUCCUUAGAAACUUGUUGGCAAACAACAUUUUUUUCUCCAAUGAUUCAACGCUUUCCUAAUGUUUCACAUCUAGAUCUUUUACAGUAUGAGAAUACAGAUGAUACUCUGAGGUUUAUUAUUGAAAAUUGUAAGAGACUUCGCGUUUUUAAACUUGUUGUACGUAAUUGUACUCCAAUACUUUUGUCGAAUCUUGUGGAGACACAAAAAGGUUGUCUCGAUGAACUUUGUAUCAAGAUCACUGCAUCUCCAAAAUCAUUAUUAGCGGGAUUAUCACCUUCUGUUAUUGCUAAAAUUACCGAUCUUCGCAUUAAUGGUCUACAAAUUGAUCAUGCAUUGGACGGUCUAAAGUUUCAAAAGUUAAGAUCUUUGGACAUUAGUGAUUGUCACAGUGUUGAAGACAAGACCUUUAACGUAGUGGAAUUUGGAAAGAUGUUAACCGAAGUUAAUCUCUCAGAGACCAAAGUGUCCGAAGAAGCUAUUAUUUCACUCGCCUCGCAUUGCAAACAAAACCUUAGAAAGAUGAUCAUGUUACCUUGUGGUGCUGCUGAUUCUGUUGAAAAAGGUAUCAAAGCUCUUGCGACACAUUGUCCAAAUCUUGUUGAAUUUAGACUAGACGUGAUUCGUGUAGAGAUUAAAUCCAUCAUGGAACUUGUUAAAUCAUGUAAAGGAAUGCAGGUGUUGGUUCUGGGUGGAGUUGAAAUAAAUAACGAAGAUUGUUUACUUGAUGAAUUAAUGGAAUGUAUUAGAUCCAAUAUUAAUCAUUCCAUAACUAUGCUUGAUUUGCGUGAAUGGGGUGUUAGUGAACAUUCCGUAGUAGAAUUGGUGAGGGAUUGUCGUAAGUUAAGUAAAUUAUUCUUAAGAUAUUGUCGUAAUGUUAACGAUAAUUGUAUAAAAUCAAUUUGCAAAUUUUUGGCUGGUAAUCUUAAACAUCUUGAUGUUUCCAACUGUCCCUUGGUAACUCCUGAUGUAAUCACAAAAGCUGAAGUGGAUUUGGCUGGUUGUCGGAUAAUUCAUGCUUCAAGGAUUUAUUGUAUUGGUAUUAUUUAA